AAUCCAAAACCCACGUUUAAGUGGCGUAAUUUUGGCGCCAUUCUUGAGAAUGAAGUAAUCACUCUUGAAGGAUCAGAGAAGAGAUUAAUAGGAAUUUAUCUUCUCUCGCUUUUCUCCUGCGUCUCUUUUUUUUUUCUGAGCAGGAAAAAUGGCUUGCUUUUCCAUUUUUUUCUGCGUGUUUUUUGUGGCGCUUUUCACUUGCUCCAUGUCUGCUGAGCCAGGAUACAAAGAGAUCAAUGCGAGCAAUCCUGUUCUGCUUGUAUUUCCACGUGUUUUUGUUCCGUCCCAUGGUAAAAGUACUUCUUUGGCAUUGUGUGAUCGUGUUCGAGUCAAAGGUCUGUCAAGGUUAAAUCUCAAGAGCUAUCCCAAUUCAUUUCGUGUUGCUGUGACGCCUUCAGAGAAAGUACCAGAGGCUUUCCAUCAUAAGAUUUCUGUCUGCCUUCACCAGAAUGCUUCUCUUGGGCUAUGUGAUUGUCCACUAGAUGAAUGGGAGACUAUUCAAAAGGGUGCUUGGAGCAGUGUCAUAUCUCCUUAUGGGGAGAGACUUGUUGAUGUCAAGUUUACUGAUGGAUUUUCUGGUUCUGUCACUAUAUCAGCUGAAGAAGAGUCUCAUCCAUGGCGUUUAGCUUUUCUUGCUUUUGGGUUGGUUGUACUGUUGCUCGCUCCAUAUGUUAGCAAAUGGGUGCCAUUUUACUACACCAGUUCAAUGCUCCUUGGGAUUAUAGUUGUUAUCCUUAUCCUUUUGUUUCAGGGAAUGAAACUGUUACCUACAGGCAGGAAAAAUGCCUUCUACCUUGCUUUGUAUGGUUCCUUGGUUGGCCUUGGUUCUUACAUUGCUCAUUACUUUUCAACGGUAGUCAAUUCCAUUCUUCUGAGUUUUGGCCUGGAUGAAGAGAUGCAUAGCCCUGUGUCUAUAUUUCUAGUGGUAGGAAUAUUAAUUGCUGGAGCAUGGCUAGGAUAUUGGGGUGUGCGAAAAUUUGUACUUUCAGAAGAUGGCAGUGUUGAUAUUGGAGUUGCUCAAUUUGUGAAGUGGGCCAUGCGGAUUAUUGGGACAGUUUGUAUACUUCAGAGCUCAAAAGAUGCUCUCUUGGCGACGGGGUCAUUAGCUGCUUGCUGGUGCUUGUGCAGUCUCAUGUCUUGCAUGAGGUGGAGACCACGUUCAGGAAAGCGGAAUAUGUGGCAUCCACCAGGUAAUCGCACUAAGGCUGAAUUUUUUAGGAGAACCCCACCUAAGAUGGGUGCUCAAAAGGCACUUAUCAAAGCUUCACAUAAUCGGCAGAGCCCUAGCAAUCAAUAUUCAUGGUCUGGCUCUCCCACAAGAGGAUUGGUUUUGACACCAUCGAGGAGUACAUCUCAGAGCCAGAACUACUACUCAACUGUCCACAAGGAUCCAACAAGGAAGAGAUUCUCAAAGAAAGAGUGGGAGGAGUUCACGAGGGAAUCAACCCGAGAAGCCAUACGCGAAUUGGCAUCAUCUCCUGAGUUCACAGAAUGGAUGAUCGAGCACUCUGAUCACAUACACCUGGUGCCAGAGGCCACCUCAGAUGAGACCACUUUAAGUGAGUCAGAUUCCAGUGAUGAGACCUGUGAAGAAAGUUGUGGGAUUAGCCUUUCAAAGUGGUGGUCAUAGAAACCAGGAGUGGGUUUUGAUGCUUUUCUAAUCUCUUCAUUGGCAAUUAAAGAGAGUGGGUCUGUAAAGGGGUGCUUAAUGAAUCACACACACACACAGACUUUGUUUUUCUUUGUUUGUUUUUUCCCUUUCUUUUUAAUUUACUAUAGGCGAAUAUGACAGUUUUUGUAUAUGGAGGCACUGGUUGUUAGUGAGGUGCACACGAAGUAAGAGACCAGUUGAUUCAGUAAAUUGAGAUCCUGGGGAAAGGGUGCUACUUUUCCAGAAAUGGUCUGUUAUUUGGAUCAGCAAGACGGCAUCUUGGCCAGCGGUAACACAGCUUUUGUUCUUCAAAUUUUGGUUGCUAUAUGGUCAUCAUUCUGAGAUGAUGAUGCAACAAAUUGUGGGGGCAGGGGGGGGAAGCUGGGACUUGCUACUAUUUUGUUUGCUAAUGCAUAGUCAGUCAAGAAAGCCACAUCUUUUUCUAA